AUGACAAAGGUAUUAUCUGAUUUACAAUUCUUUAUAUUUAUAGUUAUCCCAAUCACAUUAUCAUUAAUAUUUCUACCUAAUUUUGUUAAUCCUCAUUUAAUUGAAAACAUUAAACUGAAUUUUAAAAUCAUUUUAAUAUCUGAAAAAUAUUGUUCAAUAAAUAAAAUUUAUUGUAAUCUUAUAAUUCAACAAAAUGAAAAAAAUCCUGAUUUAUUACGUAGAAUUGAAUUUGAAUAUUUUGAUUUUAUAUAUAUUGUAAAUCAUUGGAUUUAUUCAUGGGAUCAAUUUAUAAUUAAAUUAUUUAUAAAAUUUUUAAAAAUUUUUAUCGUUGGUUUGAUUUUAAGACAAGAAAUGUCAAUUGAAUUUUGGAAUAAAACAAGUGAAUUAUUUCAAAUCAUGUUGGCAAUUUCAAAUUCAAUGACUUAUCAUAUGAUUUAUGGAUUUUUAAUUUCAAGAAUGUAUACAUUUUUCAUAUUUGCAAUUAUAAUUACUGUUGGUAAACCUUGGGAACGUAUAAUUAAUCCAAUUAUAUCUAUUCUACGUACAAAUAAUGUAUGUUAA